GAAAAAGAAAAGAACAGAAAAAAAGAAGAGAUAGAGAAAAUAGUGGAAUUUUAUUAGUCGGCGCUCCCAACACAAUUAUUACUAGUAACUGAUACAUUCAACAAUCCCACAGGCACAAGGAGAAGGACAACAUGUCUUCAUGGGCUUCAUAUUUUACAUUUCUCAGUUAAUUAUUAGAAUCGUCCAAUAAAGUUAUAAUAUCAUUGCAAAUGACAACUUACCAUGAAAUGCCUUUCACUCAAUUCGCUCGGCCGCUUCGCCAGCAACCGAUCUUGGACUUGUUCCAAUUGCCGCACCCAGAUCCUACCAGCUCGUGUUAAAGCCACUCAAAGCUCUUUUUCGAAACGAUACGGAUCAAGCUCGUCGGGAUAUUCGAGAAGACCGCCUAAGCCUGCGAAGACGAGAACAACGUUGCUGACUGCCGCCGCAACCGCUGCUACCGGUGCCGGUGUCUUGGCUUUCACUGAUGAUAUCAAAUAUGGAUAUGAUGCUACGGAACGGACGGGAAGAGUUGCUACAACACUGACAGUAUGCAUCAAUGAUUAUCGAACCUCCUUGAAUCAACGUGAUGAGACGGAAGACCCUAAGGAACAAGACCACAUUUUGAGAUCAUGUCACAAGAGAUGCGCAGAGCGAACCCUCAAGGUCCUUGAGAAGAAUGGAGGCAUAUUUAUUAAGCUGGGGCAACAUUUGAGCGCCAUGACAUAUCUACUUCCACGAGAAUGGACCGACACGUUUAUACCACUACAAGACAAGUGCCCCGUGUCUUCCUUUGAAUCGAUCGAAGAAAUGUUCCGAUCUGAUACAGGCGAGGAACUCAAGGACUACUUCUCGGAAUUCUCGGAGCAUCCAAUAGGGGCUGCUUCUUUAGCCCAGGUUCACUUGGCAACGGUGAAGGAAAAUGGCCAAAAAGUUGCUGUCAAGGUUCAGCAUCCAGGAUUAGCGCAAUGGGCACCUCUUGACUUAGCAUUGACUAGAUUUACGUUCCAGACACUGAAGAAGUUCUUUCCCGAGUACGACCUGGAAUGGCUAUCAUCUGAGAUGGACAUUUCCUUACCACAGGAACUCGACUUCCAGCUCGAGGCCGCAAACGCAAUGCGUACCCAAAAAUACUUCGCGCAACUUCCAGAACUACCGCUAGUGAUCCCCAACGUACUAUGGGCCAAGAAACGCAUUUUGGUUAUGGCAAAUGAAUCUGGCCAUCGUCUCGACGAUCUUGAGUAUAUAGACUCCAACCAUAUUGAUCGCGACGAAGUAUCUGCCACCCUAGCUCGAAUCUUCAACGAAAUGAUUUUCGGCAAAAACUCAUCGCUUCAUUGUGAUCCCCACGGUGGUAAUCUAGCUAUCCGGAAGGCUCCCCGUCGGAAGCGCGGUGGUCCUAACUUCGAGAUUAUCAUCUACGAUCACGGGCUGUACCGAGACAUCCCCGAAGAUCUACAGCGAUCGUACGCAAAGAUGUGGUUGGCAGUCAUCGACGGGGACAUGGCUGGUAUGAAGCGCUACGCGCACGAGGUUGCCGGCAUUACAGAUGAGCAAUUCCCUUUGUUUGCCAGCGCUAUCACCGGCCGCGACUACACGGUUGUCAGCUCGUCUAUCCUCAAGUCUCGGUCAGAGGAAGAAAAGAAAACAAUGGGCGACGCACUGCAAGAGGGGCUACUGUCCGAUCUUGUCACCAUGCUAGGUCAGGUCCCCAGGGUCAUCCUCCUGAUCCUCAAGACAAACGACUUGACGCGCAGCCUGGACGAGAACCUCCACACGCGACAAGGGCCCAUGCGCAGCUUCAUGAUCCUAGCCCGCUACUGCGCGCGCACCGUCUUCCGCGAGCAAGUCGAGGCGAUCCGGCAGCGGCCGGGGAGCCUGAUAUGGCCCGGCAACGCGCUGCGCUUCAUCGCCGCGUGGAUGGGGUACCUCAGGGUCGAGCUCAAGCUCGAGGCCUUCGAGCUCUGGCUGAGCGUCAAGAGGAUCGCCGGCAUGAACACCGUGCAUUACGGGACCACUGUACCAUUAUAAUACUACUACAAUAGAAUACAACAUAAUAAGAAGCAAGACAAGACAAGACAAGAC